AUGAAAUGCGUUGCGCUCAUUCUUGUGUGCAUCGCUUUUCACGUCCAGCAGGGAGUGGGACCAUUCCGCCUUAAGCGCAGGGGCGUCCAUUCUUGCCCAUCAUUCGUCCUACACCCAAGAAAAACAAGCAGGGGAAAUACCAACCGAAUAAACAGGGGAAAAACCAACCGAACAAACAGGGGAAACAACUCCAAGGUCUUCUUGUGGGGGUAUCCCAUAUAUGACGAUUCACCCUUUAAACUCAGGAGGCCCAAAAUAUACCCCAACUUUGAAUAUGGAGAGCUCAGGAAGUCCCAAGAUUUUGACUACGUCAUAAGUACCAACCUUGCGCAGAAGAACUACAAAAUCCCCGAUGUCGGCUACCUGUACAACGUGGAAGAAAUGGGCACGGGCAAAACUGACGACGUCCACACGCCCAUCGAAAUGGUGUUCGGAGAGCGGGACGUCGACCCAAACGAAGUGGAAAAGAUUAAGGCCGUUCUCAACAUCUUUGACCAGGGAAAUGGUAUGGGCAUAUGCACCUUAAUGGGCGCAAAGCGGGGGCACUUCGCCUUCAAGUACAACGGCUAUUUAGGUCACUUCCACGGAAUUAAAAAUUAUUUAAGGUUCCUCAUUAACAAGCACUACCCUGGGGCCAAGGUCACGCUAAUUAGCGAGCACUGGAUUGACCCGAUCGACGAAUCCGUGUGUGUCAGGCAUAGCAACAUCCCCUUUUCCAAAAUAGGACACCAAAGACGACUCGUCUUUAACAAGUACGAUUAUAUUUACGAGAAUGAUAAGAACAGGCGGAUAUAUAAGGCGGAAAAUCGAAGCAACCCUUGGGCCUUCCACGACGACCCGCAGAUGCUGACCUAG